UUCUAGUUCAUUAACGAAGAUUAUAACAUCGUCAACCAUGCGUUGCCUUAGUCUGGUGGUGUUGCAGUGUUUGCUGCUUUUCGCUCAAUCAACGUUAGCCGGUCCUGUUGAAAAGAGAGAAGCUCCGCUUCCCGAUAUUGGUUUACCACCUCCUCCUCUACCGGCAGCGUAUCAAGAUCCUCCAUCUGGCCAUGGAUCAAGUGUGCCAUCAUCAUCAUAUGGUGCUCCAUCACCUACUUAUGGAGCUCCAUCACCUUCUUAUGGGGCUCCAGCUCCCUCAUAUGGAGCACCAGCACCUGUGCCUGCUCCAUCCUAUGGACCUCCUGUGCCUGCUCCUUCAUACGGACCUCCAGCUCCUCAAUAUGCGCCUCCACCUCCAGUCUAUGGACCCCCAGCUCCUUCCUACGGUCCUCCCCCAGCCGUGAAAGAUGAAGGAUAUAGUUAUCCAGCUCCUGCCCCUGCACCCAGCGGUGAAUGGAAGAAGAAAUUAACUUGGAAGGAGGAAUGGAAGCAAGUUUGGAAAACAGAAAAAAAAUUAGAAUGGAAACAGGAAUGGAAAAAGGUCCAGGUACCCGCUUGGAAAGAAGUACAAGUUCCUAUUUGGAAAGAAGUACAGGUUGAAGCAUGGAAAACUGUAAAGAAACCCGUGUGGAAAGAGGUACAGACUCCAGCGUUCAAGGAAGUUCAAGUUCCAGCAUGGAAAAAAGUCUGGAAACCUGUGUGGAAUGUCGUACAAGUACCAGUUUGGAAAGAAGUCCAAGUCCCUGAAUGGAAACAAGUUUGGGUACCAGAGUGGGUGGAAACUCCGGGAAUUCCAGCUCCAGUUUAUGGACCGCCUUCGCACAGUUACGGACCACCAUCAGACAGUUAUGGUCCACCAUCUCAUAGCUAUGGACCUCCAGCCAAAGAUGAUGGAUACCAUUAUGAUGCUCCAGCUCCCGCAUCUAGCAAAAAAUUAGUAUGGAAAUCAGUGUGGAAAAAAGUCUGGAAAACUGAAAAGAAACAAGCGUGGGAGUCGCAAAAGAAGAUGGAAUGGAAAGCUGAAUGGAAAAAAAUUUGGAAAACUGUAAAGAAACAAAUUUGGCAGACAGAUAAGAAGCUUGUUUGGGUUGAAGAAAAUGUCAAAGUUUGGGUGCCGUCGAAAAAACAAGUAUGGAUCUCACAGAAAGUAAAGAUAUGGAAGGAUGAGUGGAAGAGUAAGACUGUACCCGUAUGGAAAAAUGUACAGGUGCCGGCGUGGAAGAAAGUCUGGAAGCCAGUGUGGGAGAAAGUUUGGGUACCAGCAGAGUCACAUCAUGAAGAGGAACAUCCUGGUUAUCGGCGAUAAAGUGUUGGAAAUCUCCAUCUCUUUUUUGCACUCAUGAUGCCUCAUGUGACGGAGGAAGACAUUUACUUUUCCCUUAGUCAUU